AUGCAGCCUUCCUACAUCAACGCGGUUCUGGCCUUUGUUGCCUCCGUCUCGGCGGCUCCUGUUCUCGAGGCUCGCACAUACCCCACCGUCGCCACCUACGAGGUCACCCUGGGCGAGGUCGACCCUGCCUACCAGGCUCAGCUCGACUCUGCCGUCGUGAACCUUGACGAACCCGCUAACAUCAAGCGCGACGUUGAAGUCCGACAGACUGGCACUUGCGACCUCCAAGGCUUCGCUAUCGUCAAUGGACAGAUCUCAUCCUUCGCAGGGACUGUUCAGAACAGCCCUGCGAACUAUGGCCGUGCCGUCACGCUGACUGGGAUCCUCGCCGGCUGCUCUAUCGGCCUUGUUCCCCAGCAGAACUGUGCGCUUUGGUCCAUCAUCGACACGUCUGGCUGCGCCACCGCCCGCUCCGUCACUUUCUCCAACUAG